AGCAUCCUCAUUUGUUACCGACGCUCUGCGAGAGUGUAGCUACAUCGCGAAUAUCGUAAAAAAUACACAACUGUCUAUAAACUAGACACGUGUAAUACGGCAGUAUUUUAACAAAAGAUAACCUCUUAAAAGACAGUGAAUAACUUUGUUAACAUACCUCAAAUGUUUCACCUGGGAGACAGAGAUAAAUAUAUAAGCAUCGUAUAUCAUCUAAUAUUGUGGAAAACUCAUAAUUAAAAGAUGCAUUAAGAGAUACUUGACAAGAAUUGUAUAAAGCAAAGUCUGAAACUAGGCACAACUUAUUCAUCAAGAAUUGUUAGGACUGACUAAGAUAGCAAUUGACAAUGUUAUUGAUGCACUUCACUUUGGAUUAUUCUCAGUUGUUAUGAUAAAAGAACUUUGACAUUACAAAUUGCAUUUGCACAAGGACAAACUCCAACUUUAUUCUUGAAUCAUGGAGAAUUGUCAAAACUUGCAAUAGUGGCAAUGAUCUUUAUAAUAAUUUAUCAUUUUAUGAAACAUGUCUUGUUCUAUUUGAAUUGAUUAAUCAUCCUAAUAAUAUAAUUUUUGUUUCACCAUGACCACAUGAUACGACAGUUCUUGAUCUUAAGAAGACUAUGGAGCAACACAUGUGUUUACGUUUUGUAAGAGAAAACAUCCAGAAGGUUCUACCAUAUGACAGGACAGUUCUUGAUCUUGAGAAAACUGUUGUGCGAAGACUAUCGUGUAUAUUUUGAAGAGAAAACAUCAGGAAGAAAAAGCCGAAAGAACGAUAACGUGUUCGACGAUUCGUCGACGAGACCUUUGUCGAGUAUACAACGUAAAACAGUAAAUGAACUGGAGAAGGAAUGUUUAACGCUAAGAAGACGUGUUAAAGAAUUGACUGAACGCUCAAGGAAGGAAAAUGUUGAACAGCUCAUGUUGGAAAUAGCGGAACUGAAGCGUCACAGUGCUGCUCUGGAAGCAGUCUCUCAGGGCAGUGUGUGCGUGACCAGCCAGCUGGAAAAAUUAGAAAUGACCAAAGAUAUUGUGGAAAUGAUGAAUCUCAAGCUGGAGAGUGAAACUUUCGAGUUGCGGCUCGCAUUAGAAAGGACGAAUUCAGACACUCCGCGAUUGCGAGAGAAAAUAUAUGAAGUUAUUGAAAGCAGAAAAGUCGUCAGACUCCUAGAUCGUCAGAUAAAGACUUGCCGGAGCCACGCGCUAAAAAAUCUACCUUCGAAAUGGAGAAAACAAUAUUUACAUUGAAGCGAAUUGUCGAGAAGCUUCAGGCGGAGAAUAAAAGACUGAAAUUUAGUUCCAAGAGAAAUCAUAUUCUAGUCAAUCAAGUAAACCACCAGUCUCUUCUUUGAUAUUGCAUAAUAUAUGUUUAUUUUUUGUUACAAUAAAUGUAUUAUUAUGGUCACUUAUUUCGGAUGCAGGGAAAGAAGUAGAUUUGACAUUGAAGGAGAUACUUUACUCCAAAGACAAUACGAGGAAUCUCAAAAACGUGUGAUAAGCUUAGAAUUUGCGACUGGCUGAACAGAGAAUAGUUAUGUUAGAAGAAGCUCAGAAAGAAGAUGAUAACGGAAACUUGAGAAUUUUGAGGCAACAGCUAAUCCACAAGCUUCUGGAAAAAAUGAAACAGCUGCUGACUCGUGCAGCCAUCAAAGAAGAAACGUUGCGGCAACGUGUAAGAAUUUAAAUUACACAUGACAGAAAGAUUAGCUAACGCUAGAAAUCGUUCGUAUAAUCUCGUUGUGACCAGGUGAAAUCAGAGCAAACAGCUGGAAACAGCUGGAAUCAAAGCAAACUCUAUCGACAAUCUCGGAGUGUUACAUGACUCCACCUACACCGAAAUAAUGAGUGUUUUGGAAAUAAGCGCAAUUUUAAGUAAACUUAGGUAGAUUUACAGUGAAAAUCGUAUAUUUUUAUCAAGGCAAAUGUAUACACACAUAUAUUUUAUGCAUGUUUUCUCAGCCAAACAUAUUUAUCUCAAGUGGAACCUUGUCUUCUUUAUCCAGUGCUUAUAUCGCGUUUUACAAUGAUUUUAUGCGCAUAUAUAUAAUGGUAUUAAUUUUUUGUACACACACAUAAUGUUCAUGUGUAAAUGGAAGAAGUUUUUUUUAU